AGCAGAGGGCGCUGUUCACCCCUGAAUAUCAACAGGAAGUUACGUAAGAGCUCCACCAGAAGUGGACUACGCACACAAAUAUGGAUGAAGUGAAUCAGGAAAAUGAGGUUCAAAAAGAUUUCAACGCUUCUAAAAUACAAGAGCGAAUGGAAAAACGCCAUCAGGCGAGGAUCGAGGACACCGAGCGGAGGAAAGAGGCCAAACAGAGCCAGGCUGUCAGCGAAGAGAAGAGCGAGUAUUUUUCCAGCACGUUCUCCAGUCAGAAGGCGGGGAUCGAGGAGCUGUUGUCCGGCUGUGCUGGAGCCGACCGAGCGGCGGUGACCCAGAAACUGGAGGAGGCGACGAACCAAACGCUGCAGCUGCAGAAGUUCCUGAAUGAUAGCGUGAUGUUCUUAACGCAAUACGAGCUCAAGCAAGCGCAGGGGGCUCUGCAGAAGCUGCAGACCACCAUCACUGAGAUCAGAGAGGAGGCUCUACCCAAGAAGAAGUUCACCUUUCGGGCUCGCAGCAAAGCAGCAGAUAAAGGGCUAGCCGAACCUGAUGAUGCACCUCCACCUAAUACGGAGAAAGAUGCUGAUACGGGAAUCACCAAGGUGGGUGGAGCUCCAUCCUCAGACCAGUGUGGCUUCUCCAACAAGAACAACGGGGUCUUGAUGAAGACUGCAGAGGAGAUCCAGAGCCGGGACGUGCUGCUGACUCACCUGACCAACUGUAAGGUGCGCCUGUUCGGUUCCCCCAGCACCCUGCACCUGAAACACAUCAGCAGCUGUGAGAUCCUGUGUGGGCCCGUCUCCACCUCAGUGUUCGUGGAUCACUGCAGCAACAGCACGCUGGCAUUCGCCUGCCAGCAGCUGCGGACGCACAACACCACGGACACGCAGGUGUACCUGCACGUCACCAGCCGAGCCAUCAUCGAGGACUGCCGCGGACUCGGCUUCGCCCCGUUCUCCUGGUCUUACCCCACCAUGGACCAGGAUUUCACUGUUUCAGGACUAGAUCGAAACAGAAACAACUGGAACCAGGUGGAUGACUUCAACUGGCUGGCUGCAGGAACGCACUCCCCAAACUGGACUGUUAUUCCAGAAGAAGACAGAAGAACCAGCUGGGACCUUUAGAAUAACACAUAAACCCUUUAGCAAGAUGGUUAAAGCAUCACAUUAAGUGCUUUAGGCCUUAUUAACCUCAUCUCUGUUUUGUUAUGAAGUUCAUUUAAAAAAAAAAUACACACUCUCAAUUUUUCCUGCAUGAAGAGUUCUGAAUGAAAAAUAAAGUUCACAUGCUUUCACAGUUAAAACAACCACACAAAUCUGUCAAAUAAUUCAAUAAAUACGUCAAAAAUA